GUUGGAUUUACACGUCCCUUUUGAAACUUAUAUCAACUAAACAUGUGUGACGAAGAAGCAUCAGCUUUGGUGGUGGACAAUGGAUCCGGUAUGUGCAAGGCUGGAUUUGCCGGUGAUGAUGCUCCACGUGCUGUGUUCCCAUCGAUUGUGGGUCGUCCCCGUCAUCAGGGCGUGAUGGUCGGUAUGGGUCAGAAGGAUUGCUAUGUGGGUGAUGAGGCCCAAAGCAAACGUGGUAUUCUAUCCCUGAAAUAUCCAAUUGAGCAUGGCAUCAUCACCAAUUGGGAUGAUAUGGAGAAGGUCUGGCAUCAUACCUUCUACAAUGAGCUGCGUGUGGCCCCAGAGGAGCAUCCAGUCCUUUUGACUGAGGCCCCAUUGAAUCCAAAGGCCAAUCGCGAGAAGAUGACUCAAAUUAUGUUUGAGACCUUCAACUCACCGGCCAUGUAUGUGGCCAUUCAGGCUGUAUUGUCCCUGUAUGCCUCCGGUCGUACCACUGGCAUUGUGUUGGACUCUGGUGAUGGUGUUUCUCACACUGUGCCCAUCUAUGAGGGUUAUGCUCUGCCUCAUGCCAUCCUUCGUCUGGAUUUGGCUGGUCGUGAUUUGACCGACUAUCUGAUGAAGAUUCUGACCGAGCGUGGCUAUUCAUUCACCACCACGGCUGAGCGUGAAAUUGUACGCGACAUCAAGGAGAAGUUGUGCUAUGUUGCUCUGGACUUCGAGCAGGAAAUGGCCACAGCAGCUGCAUCGACCUCAUUGGAGAAAUCCUAUGAGUUGCCCGAUGGUCAAGUGAUCACCAUUGGCAAUGAGCGUUUCCGCACACCCGAGGCCCUCUUCCAGCCCUCGUUCUUGGGUAUGGAAUCGUGUGGUAUUCAUGAGACUGUCUAUCAAUCGAUCAUGAAGUGCGAUGUUGAUAUCCGUAAGGAUUUGUAUGCCAACAAUGUCCUGUCCGGUGGUACUACCAUGUAUCCAGGUAUUGCUGAUCGUAUGCAAAAGGAAAUCACUGCUCUGGCUCCAUCGACCAUCAAGAUUAAGAUUAUUGCUCCACCAGAGCGUAAAUACUCUGUAUGGAUUGGUGGUUCCAUUUUGGCAUCUCUUUCCACCUUCCAACAGAUGUGGAUCUCCAAGCAGGAAUACGAUGAAUCCGGCCCUGGUAUUGUCCACCGCAAGUGCUUCUAAGCUAUAUCAGCUACAGCAACAACAACAACAACAACAGCAACAUCAGCAGCAACAACAACAUCUUAGCUAUUUGCAUCAUAAAGCCAUUAACAUCCUACAAAUAUGUCUUUACAUAUAUAUAUUUUAUAAAUUAAAGAUACAUUUUCACUUAGGCCAAAUGUAUAGCAAGAAAACCAUUCAAUACAAAUGAAACAUAGCGACAAACAACAACAAAAAAAAGAAAAACAAAAAACAAGUAUCUUUAAAAUUUACAUUUAGUUGAAGAAGUUCUUAAAUCUUAGAGAAGAACACACACACACAUUAAGAGAACAACAAAAACGAGCAGGCAAAGCAUUCAUUAAUUAAUUUAUUUAUUAUUGUUUUUUAUCACAUUUUUUUUUGGAUUCUUAAACUUAUGUUCCCGGUAAAACAACAAAAAAAAAAAAAACCAAGACCAAAGCCAAACCGUAAGAAAUCAAACCAAAGAAAAAUAAAAAAGACAAUCGGUUGUACAAUAAAUACAAAAGGUAUAUACAUGUAUUUAUAUAUCUAUAUAUAUACAUCUGGA